UGCAACUCUAAGGUAUCAGACAUACAGCCUUUCUAACAAUGUGCAUGUCCAUGGUUUCCUCUUUAAAAGCAAUUGGCCGUUAAAUUAAAGCGCGAUGAGCUCGGAUGAGUCCAACCCUGCAGCAACUCCCACCCCAAGUCAAGACACCCAAGGGGAUGGACGCUGGAUGUGCAUGCACAACCGAUUCGUGUCAGACAGCAAAGGGAAGGAGCCCGAUGUCCUUUUUGUGGGAGAUUCCCUUGUACAGCUUUUGCACGAGUUCGAGGUCUGGAGAAAGCUGUUUUCCCCACUCCAUGCUUUGAAUUUUGGAAUUGGUGGUGAUGCCACACAUCAUGUGUUAUGGAGGCUUGGGAAUGGAGAGCUGGAUCAUAUCAAUCCAAAGGUUGUGGUAUUAUGGGUAGGCACAAAUAACCAUGGCCAUCAGCCAGAUCAGAUAUGUGGUGGCAUCAUGGCAAUUGUGAACCUAAUCAACCAGAGGCUGCCGCAUGCCCACACACUGGUGCUGGGCUUGCUGCCACGCGGUAAGAACCCCAACCCGCUGCGGGAGCGGAACGCGGAGGUCAACCAGCUGGUUCAGCACGAGGUGUCGUCGCUGCCCCACGCCUCCUUCCUGAGUGUGGACCCGGGCUUUGUGCACUCAGACGGCACCAUCUGGCACCAGGACCUGUACGACUACCUGCACCUGACGCCGCAGGCCUACCAGAAGGUGUGCGAGCCCCUCCACCACCGCAUCAAGGCCCUGUUGGACCACCCUGCUGCCGAGAACCAGGUCUCCUGAGCUGAGUCGCUGAUGUCGUCGACACACACACAGAGCCUACCUUUUCGCUCACUCGGGUCCAAACGCAAGCAGUUAAAUGCCAGGCUAAUAACCACCACCACCCCCAAUCGUACCCCCGAAUAGCUGUGCCUACUGAAGCCUACUUGAGGACUGUAUAUCAUAUUACACAUGCAAAGUCCAGAUGGAUGAACCCCGGCUACAUGCAGUGCUUUAAGUGUUCCUGACUUGUCCAGUCAUUCCUUUUGUUUGCUAGUUGGUUUCUUACACUGCAUUCUCUACUGUAGAUUGAGCCUGCUGUGCUGACAUAUCAAUUUCGUUUGGAUGCCAAGGCAGAAGGCCAUGAAAUGUGUGGCUACACCUAUCAAGUGAUUCAUACCACAUGUAGCAGUUACAGCACCUGUUAGGCGCUUGUCACCACAUGUACUAAGUUUGGCAUCCAAUCUGUUUAGUAAGCUUCAUUGUCAUGUUAAUAACUCUGUUAGAUUUGGACAUUGGUCGUCUGGCUUAUCCUGCUCUUACUCAAAAUCCUCAUCUCUUGCCUUCGCAAAUAGUACGUUUAUAUGAUUGGACGUUUAGAAAAAAGAAAUGUUAAAGGGACCUGUUACCUUGCUGGAAGAGCUUGCUUCUGACACAGCACCAAUGCUUUAAAACACAGGUGAUAUUUUAGCACAUGAGAGAGGCUGCGUACCGCAGACUUGCACUUGCUCGUGGUGAUGUUGUGAAUAAGCAUUUGCUUUGCUUGUGCUCGUGGAUUUUGUUUUGGACCAAGCACUUUUCUUUUUUGUUACUGUUUUUGUUUUGUUGUCUUGUGUUUUUUUGUGUGUCAGGUUUCAUUGUUCAUUUUCAACUGUGUCAUUCAUUGCUGAACUCAAUAUACACAAAAAAUGAA